AUGGCAGGCGGUAACAAGGAUGGAAAGAAGAAGGUGCUGGUUGUGGGAGCUGGAGCCGCUGGAAUGUCGUGUGCUCACCAUCUUUCCGAACAUCCUGACAAAUUCGAUGUUACCCUCAUCGACGCAGUAGAUUACUGUGGUGGCCAGGCUUUUUCCAUUGGAGUCGACAAAGAGCGCCAUGGUGCCGAAUGGCUGAACCAGGGUGUUCAAGGUGGAAGCUACAUCUUCCACCACACCAUGACGAUGUUCGCGAGACAAGGCCACCACGCAGAUCCAGUCAACCUCCAAGUUUCCUUCGGCAAAGACGACAUCUUCUGGACCAACGUCUUCCCCACAGAGCUUCUUGCGCGCCAUCAAAAGGAAAUUCGCAGGUUCCAUACCAUGAUCAAGAUUGUCCGUUGGUUCGAGAUUUUCUUCGCAUUGAUCCCGAUCAAGAUUCUUUUCAAAAUGUUCUGGUUUUCCGAAGAGUUCACCAACACUGUCGCCAUGCCCAUGAUUGCACUUUUCCUGGGAACUGGAAAUGAGACGCCAAAUGUACCCAGCAUCAUCCUAGAACGACUCUGCACUAGUCCAACGUACGGCAUGUGGUAUCCGGUAGACAAACGAAGCAUUGCUAGCAAUCUCCCGCCUAUGGUCGUUUUCCCCAAAUUCAGCGAGUUCUACGAGCGCUGGAGGCAGGAUCUACUCAAGAGAGGUGUCAAUGUCAGGCUGUCGACGGAGAUCACUCGGGUUGUGAAGCGAGACAAAACCGGUGUUACCGUUAGGUUGAUCAAGCGUACGCCCAUGCCUGAUUCGCACAAUCCCAACAGUGUCCAUGUACCCUACGACGACGAGCACAACGCCGAUGCGGACGCGCAAGAAAAGGAAGAGCACUAUGACGAAAUCAUUCUCUGCGUACUUGCCGACACGGCAAAGCGUAUCCUAGAACCCACCGCCUCCUUCCGCGAGAAGAAAGUCCUCGGCUCCGCCAAAUUCUCCGACGACAUCACCGUCACCCACUGGGACAGCGACUACAUGCACAAGCACUACGAAAACUUUUACGACCCAGAAAAGUCCGCCAAAGAGCUUUCCGGCACCGACCAAACAGCCCGCAACCAAUACGCCGAGAAGAACUUCAAGCCCAUGUACUACAUCAAGAUGUACCCGCAAGACCGAUCAAAACUAGAAAUGUGCUUCGACUGCACAAACUACCAAAGUCAAUUCCCACCGGACGUCCCCUUUGACAAGCACAUUUUCCAAACAAUCUACUUGAACAAGGCGCGCGACGGCCAUCUAUGGAGCAUUGACGAGAUCAACAAGGACAAGAUCAUACGCAAGGAUUGGUGGCACCAGCUCUGCCAUUCCUGGACCCAUUACGUCUUCGUAGUACCAUGGAUGUGGCUACUCCAAGGACGAAAACACACUCGCUUCGCAGCAGCAUGGACGCUCAUCAACGCCCACGAAGUCGCUGUCAUGAGCGGUAUCGCUGCCGCUGUUGAUCUCGGUGCACAGUACCCUGCUGAUCUUGAGCGCGACAAGUUUGCUUUCUUGAGCUUUAGGUUGUAUUAUCUGCUGGCGUAUGGAAAGUGGUAUAGUCGUAAGGCGACGAAGGCGACGAAGGAGGGGCCUGGGAAGGACUGGGCGAGUGGGCUUUAUGGGAGUGUUUAUAGGGGACCUGGCGUCAGUGAGAUUGAUCGGCUACAGUGGAGGGAGGAGAAUGAUAUCAAGGGUGAGCCGGUUACGUAUCAGUAUCCUACCAAUGCUGGGACGCGAAUCGAGAUCGUCACAAUGGAAUAUUUGACCAUCUUACCAACCAUGCCAUCCAAAACCCCCCUCGACAUCGUCUUCGGCUGCAUGACCUUCGGCCGCGAAGGCGAAGAACAAGUCCGCACCUCGGAUAUAAACGACUGCGCAGCUAUCCUCGAUACCUUUCAAUCCUACGGCCAUAACGAGGUCGACACGAGUCGUUUCUAUGGCGACGGCACAUCAGAAGAAUACCUCGCCCAACUCUCUUGGCAGAAGCGCGGUCUAGUGAUGGACACGAAGUUCUUCCCCAAUGUCCAUGGGCUUUUCGGCCGUACGCCUACUCACUCUAGGAAGGAGGAUAUGGGCAAGAGUUUGGAGGAGAGUCUCACUGCGCUUGGAGCCGAAGGCGUGGAUUUGUGGUAUUUGCAUGCGCCGGAUCGGAGUGUGCCGCUUGAGGAGACGGCGAGGGCGGUGCAUGAGCUGUUUGAGGAAGGAGGAGGGAAGAAGUUUAAGAGGUGGGGUGUUAGUAAUUUCAUGGCUUGGGAGGUCGCAGCAAUCUGCGAGAUUUGCAAGGCAAACGGAUACCAGUUACCGAGCGUAUACCAAGGCGUAUACAACGCACUCCACCGCAGCAUCGAACACGAACUGCUCCCUUGUCUGCGCAAAUACAACAUGUCGUUCUACGCAUUCAAUCCAUUGGCAGGGGGGUGGCUGACCUCACGGUACAAGCGCGAGACGCAGAAUGAAGCUCUGGAGGCUGGAAGUCGAUUUGAUGCCAACCGCAUGCAAGGCAAGAUGUACCGCGCGCGCUACUGGAACGACGAGUUCUUUACUGCGAUCGAGAGCCUGCGGUCUGAAUUACCUAAAGGGCAGACGGAGAGUGAAACGGCGCUUCGGUGGAUGAUGCAUCAUAGUCAGCUGAAGAAAGAGUUUGGAGACAAGGUUAUCAUUGGGGCGAGUAGUAAGGAGCAGUUGGAGAUGAAUCUCAACGACUUUGAGAAGGGGCCGUUGGGUGAGGGAGUUGUGAAGGCGCUGGAUCAGGGGUGGGCGGUAACGAGGGGUGUGACUUGGAAGUACUUUCACUAG